AUGUCAUCCUCCCCUAAAUCGCUCGACUCAUCCUCUGCCCUCGAGCUCCUCUUCUCUCCCGGCGACAAGAGGAAAGGACGAAAGCGCAAAAUCCUUCUCAAAUCGAUCGAAAAGACGGUCCAGAUUUCAAUCUCGUUCCUGGUCGCCUUGCUUUGUUUUUACGGGAUUUACCGGGCGAUCGACGACACGCACCCGGAGACGCUGGCGAAAAUACCAAAGUUUGGAAGUAGUGGAGGAGGAGGAGGAGGACAUUUUCUUCAACUUCGUCAUGAUGAUGAUGAAGUCCCGAUGAGUAGUGGUAGUAGUGCUAGAAAGAGAUUUAGUGGCAAAAGCAGCAGGCUGGUGGACUCUCUGGCGAACGACCUGUCGCGAGCGAAGACGGCUUUGACGGACGCGAAAAUACACGAACGCGCGAUCGAGGUGGAGUUGAUGGAAACGAGAGCGCGAGAACGAUCGAUAUAUCAGGAAGCGGAGACGUUGAAAUCGAAAUUGAUUGGCGCGACGAGAGACCAAGUCGAGGACGUCGUCGAGGACGUGGACGAGUUGUUGAGAGAUUGGGAGUUUGAGUUGGGGGAUCCGGUGGAGAUGGAACACGCGAGCCCACCGCCGAGCGAGGCGAUGGUGAAGCACGAGGAGGCGAAAGAGGAAGGGAUGGGGAAGAAGGUGAAGGUUGGGGAAAAGGCGUCGGAGUUGACGGCGGCGGAGCGAGAGCAGCAGAGUAAGACCGGUGCCGGUAGUAGCGGAAGUAGUAGCGAUAGGAGUAGGAGUAGUACUAGCAGUGGUGAUAGUAGUAGUAGUAGAAGUGGUGGUGGUAGUAGUAGUAGCAGCAGCAGCAAUAAUAAUGUUCUCGCUGAUGACGCAUCGUUAGGGACGUGCGAAGCGCACGAGCACACGGAGUAUUGGGGAGCCGUCGUCCUCAACGGCGAUAAUCAUAAAACCGAAGAUGCCGGUAAGUGUUGCGACGCGUGUCGAAAUCUCAACAGAGCCAGUGGGAAUAGAUGUAACGUGUGGGUGUACAAUCCAAACUCGAAAGCGUGCUGGUUGAAGUUUGAGAAAAACAUCAAGGAGAUGAAACCGGCGAACUCUGGAGCGGGGGUUCCGUGGGUCGCCGGGAAGUUUACGGACUUGAAGCCGCCGAAACCGCCGCAGCAUCCACCGGCAACCGGGAAAAGGUACGAAGAUAUGCCGCGGUGUUUACACGGCGUCAUGACGUCCAGUGGUAACGCGUACAUGAAUUGGCAGUCGAGAAUCAUGUAUCAGACGUGGCAAAACCACGCCUCGCAACCUGGAUCCAUCAUGAAAGCCUUCACGAGAGUGUUACACAAAGGUCGCGACGACGAGUUAAUGGUUGAAAUACCGACCAUGCGUUUUGAGCCCAUUCAAACGCACUGCGACAGUUGGUGCGAUUAUCCCGUAGCCGAUCGGUCCAGUGCCAUCGCGCGAUGGUCGCAAACCUCUGACUCGGAAACGUGUUCGCACAUCGUCAUGCUCGAAACCGAUCACGUCAUCGUGAAAUCGCCGCCGGAGUCCAUCUUACUCCCACCCGGCCAAGCGUACGGUUUCGAGUUCACGUACAUCAACGUUAACCAUCCAACCAUGCGCUCACACUUUUCGGAAGAGUACGGCGAUAAAUCCAAAGGAAUUAUUCCUCGAACUGGAAAUUCACCGACCGUUAUCACCGCCGAGGAUUUACGAAAAGUGGCUCCGAAAUGGGCUGAAUUCGUCGCGCGCACGGAACAACCGGAAAACGUCAAGAAAUCCUUGGGAUGGUUGCGAGACAUGUACGCGUACGAUCUCGCCGCGUUCGUUUCCGGCAUCAAGCACACUUUUUACGGCGCCGGCAAACCCGAAUCCAUCAUGGCUCAACCUCCGGCGGAUGAAGAACUCGGCGGCGCGUUCAUCUUACAUUACACCUGGGGCCCAGAAAUCUACGACGUAGACGGAACAACUAUGCUUUGGAAAUUCGACAAACGAGCCUACGGUGGCGGUCAAUACCAACGAGGUCCGUAUAAACUCGUCAAACUGGAAGAUCCUCCCCCGUGGAAAGAAGGCUUAAAAUUGCAAACGUUCUUCGCUCCUCGAGCGAUAUCCGAGAACAAACACGCCUUGAUCGCCAUGUUGAUUACCGAGAUUAACGCCGCCAUCGAUAAGUUACCGAGAGUGCCAAAAGGCCACGACUCCUUGGAAGAGGCGCAAAUGUGGGCCUCGAAUUAA